CCCUUUCGCCAUUGGCUGUUGCCCCGUUACGGCGCGGCGGCAGUGCCACGUCGUUCGAUGCCGGAGGUGAGGGUCCGGGGAGCAGAGAACUGACAAUGAAAGCGUUGAUUCUGGUUGGAGGUUACGGCACGCGGUUACGGCCGCUGACACUCAGUGUUCCAAAACCGCUGGUGGACUUCUGCAACAAGCCCAUUCUUCUACACCAAGUGGAAGCCUUAGUAAAGGCUGGUGUAUCCCAUGUAAUCCUUGCUGUCAGCUACAUGUCGGAGAUGUUGGAGAAGGAGAUGAAGGAGCAGGAGCAGCGGCUGGGUAUCCGGAUCUCUCUCUCUCAUGAAAAGGAGCCCUUGGGAACAGCUGGACCCCUCGCUCUGGCCCGUGAGCUGAUCACCAGCAGCUCGGAGCCCUUCUUUGUCCUCAACAGUGACGUUAUCUGUGAGUUCCCCUUUGAAGAGAUGGUCCGCUUUCACAAGCAUCAUGGAAAGGAGGGUACUAUUGUGGUCACUCGGGUGGAGGAACCAUCCAAAUACGGGGUUGUGAUCUAUGAAGCAGAAAUUGGGCGAAUACAUCGAUUUGUGGAAAAGCCUCAAGUGUUUGUGUCAAACAAGAUCAAUGCAGGAAUGUACAUCUUCAGCCCAAUGGUUCUGAACAGGAUCCAGCUCAGGCCAACCUCCAUUGAGAAGGAGAUCUUCCCAGUCAUGGCUCAGGAAGGACAGCUGUAUGCCAUGGAGCUGCAAGGUUUCUGGAUGGACAUCGGGCAGCCGAAGGACUUCCUAACUGGAAUGUGCAUGUAUCUACACUCCCUUCGGCACACAGCACCAGACUGGCUACACCAAGGACCUGGCAUCGUUGGAAACGUGCUGGUGGACCCAACAGCACAGAUUGGAGAGAACUGUUCCAUUGGUCCAAAUGUGACAAUUGGCCCUGAAGUGGUGAUUGACGAUGGAGUGCGGAUAAAACGCUGCACAAUCCUAAAGGGCUCCAGGAUUCGCUCACACUCCUGGUUGGAGUCCUGUAUCAUUGGCUGGAGCUCGGAUGUAGGACAGUGGGUGCGGAUGGAGAAUAUUGCAGUCCUGGGAGAGGAUGUGAUUGUGAAAGAUGAGCUGUACCUGAAUGGAGCCAACGUUCUACCUCAUAAAUCCAUUGCUGACUCAGUGCCUGAACCAAGGAUAAUCAUGUAGGUCACGGCAACUGACCUUGUGAAGGACAUAAGUCCAGAGUGCAAGUUAAAGGACUGAUCUAUACUGAUUAUCAGUGGAUAGAACAGAGCUGCUGAUGAAGUCAACAACGAGGGUCCUGAUACUUCAUUAAUUUUCCCCUCCAGCAACUGAACUUGCACUGUGACAAGUUAGUUGUAGCUCCUGUCUUUCAUUGAUGUGUCUGAGGGCAGUACAGCCUGAAUUGGCUGUAGUUUGAUUCCCAAAAGUAUUUCCUGAUUGUAAUUAUUGAUGGUUGCUCUGAGGGGAAUGGGUCUUCUGUAUAGUAUUGGAUUCAGCAUCUAGGCACACCUUAUUGUAUUGGAGGAUGGCUUUGAAAACAUUCCUUGGAACAGCUGUGCCUCACAGUACAUAGUUUAAUGUACUGUGUCUUCUGGAUUUAGGUCCAUGCGCUGACUGUAUCGAGCCCCUCAUUCACAAAGGGCAUAUGGUCAGUGUUGUAAGUUACCUCUGGAAUUCCUCCUUCAGUCUGAUGUGAUAUCUUCAAAAUAACUUUUGUAAACAUCCUUUGUCUUGAAGUUGCAGCUUGAUCGGUUUAUGGAAUUAUGAGGCAAAGCUGAUGAAACAUCACACCCACUUACCAGCUUGCUUUCACUGUACUGCUGUUGCGCUCAAGGCUAUUAUUGGGUUUGGUGGACUGUUUCUGAGAAUAAAUAUCAGGGUUGGGCAGUGACCGCUGGAAGCUGAGAUCGCUGCCCCUUUACUCCCCUAUAUUAUCCUUUCUUGAGCCAACAUAGUCUGGCGUGUUUUAAAAUGUAAGCAGUUACUCAGUCAGUGACCAAUGAUAACGGUGGGAGCUCCAAGUCAGUUUCUCAGAUGUUCCAACUUUUUAUUUAAAUGAACAAAAAUGUUGGUUUCCUAUAAACACAACUUGAAUUUGGAUUAGAGAAUUGCUUCAUUUGGAAGGUAUUAUUUUGACUAAAAUUCAUUUUGUGGACUAGGUAUGGAAUUGGCUGCUGGAAGUGCAAGCGAGCGAAGCCUUCUGUUGUACUUUUAACUUGAGGACUGUUGAGAAUUUUAUUCAAAUACAGUCUUGUAGACUUGUCCAGAUCCCAAUGGGAUUGCUAUCUUUGUUUUGGCUGUCUAUAUAUGUCCUAAACCCACUUCAAAUCGUGCUCUUUGUAAACAAAAAGAGUUUGCUCAGCUGGUAGAUGCCAUGAGCCAGGUGCUUGCAACUUUCACACAACACUGAAUUAAAUCUGCCCCCAGUUGUUUUCUAAAAUUGGUUAUUGUGUUAAUGAAAAUGUCAUUCAGUGCUGUUUCAGUUACAUGAAGGUGCUGGUGGCUCAAUGAAGUGUAAGUCAGAGUUGCUGAAUUCUUGAUGGCUGUUGAAAAUAUCCUGAAGGCAGAAGCAGUGUCAUUGAAUGCACUGAUUUUUAAAAAAAAUAUAUUAACUUUUUGUUCAAAACCCAGAAGGUAAAUGAAUUGCAAGUCUGAAUAGUGCGUUUGUCCCAUUUGGGUAACUUUCCAAAUAACUGGUUUCAUAUUUUAGAAUAGAAAAUCCCAAAGUGUAAGCGAUGUUUAAGACCAGAGUGUUAAAAGGCUUGAGAGAGCUUGACUUAAUAGGGAUGUUUACUUGUGAGGUUCAAGGGAGUUUUCUAUAGGCCUCCGAAAAGUUCCAGAGAUGUAGAUGAAAGGAUUGCAAAGAUGAUUCUGGAUAGGAGCGAAAGUAACAGGGUAGUUUUUAUGGAGGACUUUAACUUACCAAAUAUUGACUGGAGGCGCUAUAGUUCGAGUACUUCAGAUGGGUCAGUUUUUGUCCAAUGUGUGCAGGAGGGUUUCCUGACACAGUAUGUAGACAGGCCAACAAAAGGUGAGGCCACAUUGGAUUUGGUAUUGGGGAAUGAACCAGGCCAGUGUUAGGUUUGGAGGUAGGUGAGUACUUCGGUGAUAGUGACCACAAUUCUGUUAUGUUUACUUUAGCGAUGGAAAGGGAUAGGUAUAUACCGCAGGGCAAGAGUUAUAGCUGGGGGAAAGGCAAUUAUAAGGUGAUUAGGCAAGAUUUAGGAUGCAUAGGAUGGGGAAGGAAACUGCAGUGGCUGGGCACAAUUGAAAUGUGGAGCUUGUUCAAGGAACAGCUACUGCGUGUCCUUGAUAAGGAUGUACCUGUCAGGCAGGCAGGAAGUGGUUGAGCGAGGGAACUGUGGUUUACUAAGGAAGUUUAAUCUCUUGUCAAGAGGAAGAAGGAGGCUUAUGUAAAGAUGAGGCAUGAAGGCUCAGUUAAGGUGCUUGAGAGUUACAAGUUAGCCAGGAAGGACCUAAAGAGAGAGCUAAGAGGAGCCAAGAGGGGACAUGAGAAGUCCUUGGCAGGUAGGAUCAAGGAAAACCCUAAAGCUUUCUAUAGGUAUGUCAGGAAUAAAAGAAUGACUAGAGUAAGAUUAGGGCCAGUCAUGGACAGUAGUAGGAAUUUGUGCGUGGAGUCCGCAGAAUUAGGAGAGGUACUAAAUGAAUAUUUUUCGUCAGUAAUCACAUAUGAAAAAGACAACCUUGUUGAGAACAGAGAUACAGGCUAUGAGACUAGACGGGAUUGAGGUUCAUAAGGAGGUGGUGUUAUCUAUUUUCACACUUUCCAGAAUUGCUAAGUCCCCUGGGCCCUAUGGGGUUUAUCCUAGGAUGUUCUGGGAAGCUAGGGAUGAGAUUGCAGAGCCUUUGGCUUUGAUCUUUAUGUUGUUAUUGUCUACAGGAAUAGUGCCAGAAGACCGGAGGAUAGCAAAUGUUGUCCCCUUGUUCAAGAAGGGGAGUAGAGACAACCCUGGUAAUUACAGACCAGUGAGCCUUACUUCGGUUUUGGGUAUUUAUAAUAAUCUACAAAGGAAUAAUUUGAUUAGGGAUAGUCAGCACGGUUUUAUGAAGGGUAGGUUGUGCCUCAUAAACCUUGUUGAGUUCUUUGAGAAGGUGACCAAACAGGUGGAUGAGGGUAAAGCGGUUGAUGUGGUGUAUAUGGAUUUCAGUGAAGUGUUUGAUAAGGUUCCCACAGUAGGCUAUUGCAGAAAAUAGGUAGACAUGGGAUUGAGGGUGAUUUAGCGGUUUAGAUCAGAAAUUGGCUAGCUGUAAGACGACAGAGGGUGGUAGUUGAUGGGAAAUGUUCAUCCUGGAGUUCAGUUACUAGUGGUGUACUGCAAGGAUCAGUCUUGGGGCCACUGCUGUUUGUCAUUUUUGUAAAUGACCUGGAUGAGUACGUAGAAGGAUGGAUUAGUAAAUUUGUGGAAUUGUGGAUAGUGCAGAAGGAUGUUGCAGGUUACAGAGCGACAUAGAUAAGGGUCUAGGCCUGAAACGUCAGCUUUUGUGCUUCUAAGAUGCUGCUUGGCCUGCUGUAUUCAUGCAGCUCCACACUUUAUCUUGGAUUCUCUAACAUCUGCAGUUCCCAUUAUCCCUAGAUAAACUGCUGAGCUAGGCUGAGAGGUGACAAAUGGAGUUUAAUGUGUAAAAGUGUAAGGUGAUUCACUUUGGAAGGAGUAACAAGAAUACAGAGAUACAGAGUACUGGGCUAAUGGUAAGAUUCUCGGUGUCCACGUGCAUAGAUUCCUGCAAGUUACCACCCGGGUUGUUAGGAAGGCGUACGGUGUGUUAGGUUUUAUUGGUAGAGGGAUUGAGUUUCAGAGCCAUGAGGUCACGUUGCAGCUGUAUAAAACUCUGGUGCGGCCGCACUUAGACUAUUGCGUACAGUUCUGGUUGCCACAUUACAGCAAGGGUGCAGGGGAGAUUUACCAGGAUGUUGCCUGGUAUGGAGGGAAGGGCUGAGGGACUUGAGGCUGUUUUCGUUAGAGAGAAGGUGGUUAAGAGGCGACUUGAUAGAAACAUGAUCAGAGGAUUAGCUAGGGUGGACAGUGAGCCUUUUUCCUCAGCUGGUGAUUGCUAGCAUGAGGGCUGAUAGAUAUAGGGCAGAUGUCAUAGGUAGGUUCUUUACUCAGAGUAGUAAGGGCGUGGGAUGCCCUACCUGCAACAGCAGUAGAAUUGUCAAUAAGGGCCUUUAAAUGAAAUGGUCACUGGAUAAACAUACGGCUGAUAAUGGAAUAGUGUAGGUUAGAUGGGCUUCAGAUUGGUUUCACAGAUCGGCGCAACAUCAAGGGCUGUGCUGUUAUGUUCUAAGGCUGAGGGGGUUGAGGCUGGCUGCUGGAGAUACAGCCUGAUUGCUCCAAGGAGUAGCAGAGGAGACUGAAGAAACGUUUGAUGUACAAACAGUGCGACAGCCUAACAGACAGACGCAUAAAUCAUUUUAAUGCUCAGGUGUGCACUUAAACUCCGUCAAGAAUUCAUCACAAGCAGCAGCUUCAUUCACUCCACAGCUCCCACUAACAGUAGAAAAAGCAGGGAUCGUUGGUUUCUCACACUGCACUCAAUUUCAGUGAGGUGGAGCUAAAGCCUUACCGCUGCAGAUCUUUUCUCACUAAUACAAAUAACAUCCCACUGUAUAAUUGCAACUGAAAUGACUGGUUGUGGAUUCUUCUGUAAAAAUAAACUAAGUUCUGAACCAUUAACGAAAGGGCUUUUGGGUAGGGACGAAAAGUUCACAACAUGUUAACUCCAUAUGUUUUUAUAUUGGAAGCACACACUAGUCACAGUAUUCAACCUUUUCCUAAAACCUGCAAAUUAUUUGAAUGUGUUUGUGAUAACAGAAUAUUGCAUGCACAAUUAUACUUAAUCCUGGUUCUGCUGGAUUUUAAUAGCUAACAAGGCAGCUGCUCAACUAAACACACAUACACACACACUUCUGCAAAGUUUAGUUUCCAAUUUGCUAUAACCAUAGUUCCAAAUAGUGAUGGAGCAAGAGGACCAUCAACAGUGUAUUUAAAACUCUUCUGGUAUAAGGCUGCAUCACAGAGUGGUCUGCAACAUUUGAUUCACCCAUGAUGAAACAUACGUAUUUGAGUGCAUGGCCAGGUCAGUCCUGGUAAAGUGCAUGUUCUGGGCUGACUGACUGUGUGCUGGUGACUUUGGGAGAGUGUUUGUUGCCAGUUCCUUAUGUGAAUGGGGUCUUCUGUUGGGUUUGAUGCGGGAAGCAGGAGAGAGCGUUAGGAUCGAGAGUCAGCAGUCACUGUUCAUCGUCAGAACUUUCACACUGUGUUUGUACCUCUAGUUGGUCACAAAGCUACGAACAGGAGAAAGUGGCACAACCUCCAUGGGUAAUUAGUGUCCGAACACUGCUGAGAGCAACAGUGCUGACAAGUUUCUCACUCCCCUUGUGCUUACUUCCUCUAACAAACUUGUUCAUUUUUAUGUUCAGAGCUUACUGGUUAAAACCAAAUCUUAGCCACUAACACAUUUCACAAUACCACAGUACAGAGGGAUUUGGGAGUCUCAUAAAUAAAUCACAAAAAACUGAUGAAACCUCCAGCAUAUUUUGGCUUAAGAUCUCCUGGACCUCAAUGCCAUUGUAGACACAGAAUCCUUAGUGCAAUCAGAUCGAUGUGAAAACCUCACUAUAAUGACAGCAAUAUUUCUGCUGUACUGCAUACUGUAAACAAAAUGUGACUGAAUGUAAUCACUACAUUAGUUGACCGGCUUCUGGAAGUAAAAAGGCCCUCCCUGACUCAAAUUAUUCAAACCAGCUCCAGGUCUAAAGGUAAACCUUUCUUCAAAUUAAAGCUGAAGGCUUAUAGAUGGCAAGAGAUGGGAAGUGAGGAAACAUUUUGGCACAGGAACUGCAGUGGAGUUUUGGGGUUGGCCGUUUUGAGUGCUGUGUCUGGGAUAUAGAUGAGAAGGACUAAAAUUACAGGUAAGGUUUGCUAACACCACGUCAGUGCUGCUACUGAACUCCAGCAAGUUGUAGUGUCAAUGCGAGUUAUGUAAGCCAGGUCUUGGAUAUCAAGCAUGGCAAAAUUAAAGGGCAAACCUCAGCCCCAUUACAAUGGGGCCUGAGCUGGUAGAAACCAGCCCUUACAAAGCAAUUAGAUGGGCAAGAAUUGGAGGGAAACAUUUCCCAUGUAGGAUCUUGAACAACUCAGGAUGCUUUGCAGAAUCUUUUGAGGUUGGAGGAAAUGAUUUUCUGACUUUCUGGCUUAAGAAUGUACGGCGACAAAAAUAAAACAAAAUCCACCACAAAGCAGGGCAUCAAACAAUGCAGCCGAUUAACAUAAAUCUGAAUUUUCUUGGUGUUUAAAAGCUCCCAACAAAAACCUUAAUGGCAAACGAAAAGGAUCCAGCGAGUUCUCAGGAACUUGAAAAGGAUCUGUCGACAGAAGGAUGUCCCCCUUACAGUUUGGGGCCAACUAACUUAUACUUCCAACCCCCAAUCAGUGUCUUGUUGACACAGAACAGUACAGAGGGGCACAUAAAUAUCUGUUUCCUCUCCUACUGCUCUAAAACCUGACCCCCAGUUUGAGUCUCAUGAGCUGGUUCAGGGGAUAGGCAUUAGGACCCAGGGUGGCAGUCAUAGCUAAGACACAACAUCUGUGUUAGUGGUUGACAGGAUAGAGUGAAAUCCAAUCCGUUAAUUGCCCUUCAGAACACGUCAGUCUCAGUCUCAAGCAAUCAAUAUUUGAAACACAAUAGCAGUCUAACAAGCAUAUCACCCGCUCAAUGAAUCACCAAGGAUCAUUCCCUCUUGUAAACAUUGGAUAUUGAUCAUUCAGAUCCCUGUAUGAUGCAGUCCCCCAUGUUGUGAAGCAGCAUCCCUUCUCCUUAGUGCUGGAAAGGAGGGUCAAUGGCAAUUAGGAGGAGGAUGGUUUCGUAUAAUCAUCCACUGCAGUGAUCAUGGCCUUGCAGAAGAAACAAUCUUUGUUGUUCAUCAGAUGCUGGUUGAUGCAGGCCCUGGAGAGAAAACAGUAAUAAGUCCUGAUUAAUAUUCCAAUUUUACUGCCACAAAGACUAAUCCCAGUUGCUUCCUGUGUGCCCAGUCCUUCUCACCCCGUAUUGUAAAACCUGUGCAGGAGAAGCAAACCUUCAGAAAAGCUGGACUCUCACUGUUUCCAAAUAUCACAAAAUAUUUCACAGGCAAAGGAGAACUUUACUUACAAAUAAAUGAACAGCACAAAUAGAAUUUAAUGGGUGUGAUGUUAUAGCCAUUAUAGAGAUAUGUUUGCAAGGAGAUCAAAGCACUUCAAAACUAAGUAUUCAGGGAAUUGUGACUCUUUGAAAGAACAGGCAUGGAGAAAAGAGUUGAGGGUUUUUUUUAUUAGUAUGGAAUGGUAUAAGUCUCUUUCUACACUGUACGAUUAGACAACUUAACAAAAUAAGAGCUCAUGGUGUUGACUGUAGUACAUUAGCACAGAUAGAAGUUUGAAUAACAAAUAGAAGACAAGAGAUUUGGGAUGGAGGGUUAUUUUCAGAAUGGCAAACGGUAACUAUUGGAGUACCACUGGAAUUCAGUGCUGGGACCACAAUUAUUUACAGGAGUAAUGUGGAUGGUUAUCGAU